GAAAAUGCUUUCAUACUAUCGAGAAGAAACAUAAUCAUUGUGGAACGAAAGUAGUAGACGGAUAUAAUUAAAUUUCUAGAUAGAAUUUUAAUGUACGACUGUAAAAUUUUCACGAAUUUAUCCUGUGAGGAACUGGAGAAAAGUGUUUCUGAUCGAAAUCACAAGUUAUUAUCUCCUGAGAUUCCUGAAAACUUUCAACUCGUCAAAGAUGAUUUCGAGGAAAUCGAUGUUGAGUAUUUAUUUGUCAGGGUGCAAUACACUAUGAGGAAUCAAAUAGGGAAAUCCAGCAGCAAAUUCUCAUGUAACGCUGAAGUCAUUGACCAAUAUGUGAAAAACGUAUUUGACUUACCUACAAAGAUAUACGACGAUCUUCGUACGGAGGCUUGUCAGGCUGAGCCACCUGUCGUAGUUUUAAAUGUUUCAGUUAUUGAAGCUAAAAACUUGGAAGCUAAAGAUUUAAAUGGAUUCAGUGAUCCUUAUUGUAUUCUAGGAAUAAUAUUUGGACGUUAUGUGGGUCAGAAUGAGAAAUCUACAACUCCUGAUUCAUUUAUAAAGACUACAACUACAACAUCUAGUCAAAAUGAUUUAGAAACUGUGCAAACAAUGCGAAACGCUUCAGGAAAAAAGGGUUUCGAUAAUAAUCGUGUUACAUUUACGCGUUCAUCAUUUCGACGUUUUAGUCAAUCUCUUAAUAAGCGAACAAACCAAAGUGAUAAACUACAAACAUCUCAUAAUGAAUCAUUUAAAAUGGCUGGCGCUGCAUCGUCUAAAUCUGUAGUUGAUAAAGAAGGACAUAUCCCAGUUGGAAUAAUGAAAUCAACUCAGGUCAAAGAGCAAACAUUAAAUCCUGUUUGGAAUGAAAGUUUUCGACUGGAAAUAGACGAUAUAUCAAGUGAUAAGUUACAUUUGGAUAUAUGGGAUCAUGAUGAAGAGACCAGUGUAUUAGAAGCGGUUCGGAGUUUAAAUGAAAUUCGUGGUGUAAAACAGUUAGGUCGUUACUUUAAACAAGUUAGUCAAUCAGCACGUAAAAAUCAAACUGGUGAUAUGGAUGAUUUUUUAGGUUGUGUCACAAUCGAUAUCAAAGAUAUACCAUCUACAGGUUUAGAUAGUUGGUUCAAAUUAGAAGGUCGUUCAAAUCGAUCAAAAGUUCAAGGUGAAAUUCAUUUAGCGCUUAACUUAAGCGCACAAAAUGAUUUAAAUGAAGUUGAACGUGAUAAAACUGUGGCUAUUCAAGAACAUAUUCAAUUAUUUUAUUUAUUUUCACUUUAUCAAUUAAAACAAGAAAAUAGUACUGGAAUACCAUGGAAUGGAAAUAUAGUUGAAGAAGGUGAAAUUAUUCUUCAUCAACAUGCUAUUCAAAAUGGACUGACAGAAAUACAAGUUGCCAUGUGUCAGUGGAUAGCAUUGAUUCGAUUAAAUUAUACUAGAUCAUUGGAUCAAAUCAUUCUUUUACACACAUUCAAACAUCUUAUAUCAUUAUGGUCAGAUAAACUACUUACUAGAGAAGAGAAAUUCGUUCUUGCACGUUAUGAAAAACACAAAACCGCUGUUAUGGGAAAACCCGAUAAGUUGGAUUUGGCACAUUAUGAAAUAUCUCAAUUAAUAUUAUUGAUUAAAUUGUUGAUUAUUGAUUUGGAAAAAUGUUGUGAAGUUUAUUCACCAAUUAUUAAAAAGUAUCUGGAUUUGGAUCCUUUUAUAAAUAUGUACAAAUUUUAUGCAAAUUCUCUACAUCAUGAUUACAUAACUAUCAAUGUUCUACAGAAUCUAGUACUACCAAUAAUAAAUCAAGAAUUGGAAACUAAAUCAUCUUUGUCAACUGGUAAACAGUGUUUAACAAAAUCUAUAGAGUUGAAAUCAUUAUUUGUUCUUUAUUUACUACUUAAAAAAUUUGAAAAUAUGUAUGAUAUCAAAAUAAAAUCUAGUGAACCAAAGAAAUUAAUUGAUUUCGAUUGGUAUACAUGGUUUCGACCAGUUAUUUCAUAUUGGAUACAACAAUGUAAUUCUCAAUUGUUAUCUAAUUUAGAUGGAGAUAUACAAAAUGAUCAACUUAUACCAACUAAUGAACAAUUAAUAAAUUUUUUACCAAAUGAAAUUAAAAUAGAAAAAUAUUUUGGUCUACAUUCAAUAUCAAGUUUACAAAUAACAAAUAAUUUGACUCAAUUAAUAAAUACAUGGUUAUUGAUUAAUUGGCCAGAUGAACAAACUAAAUAUAAUUAUGUUAUUGAAAUUGUUCAAAUUGCUUGUGAAGUUACUUUAUCAUAUGCAAAACAGUUACAUGAGAAACUUCGUCUACAAGGAUAUUGUGAUGAAGAAGGGCAGUUUGAUAUUUCAACCUCACUCUCUAUUGGAUUGAACAAUUUGGAAUUAAUUUCAAAAUUUAUUCAAUGCAUUCUACUAUUUUUAAAUGUACAAACUCCUUGGUCGUCUAAUAAUAAAAAUAUUGUUCCCAGUAUUUCUAAUACUAACAACACGAGUAGUGUUCUUUGUGGUACUAUCACUGAUAAAAGUAACAAUACUAAAAGUAAUGAUAAUAAUAACAAUAAUCGUGGGACUAUUGAUACCACAAAUGUAACCAGUAAAUCGAUUGAUGAUGAAGAAACUAAAAUUUCCUACCAACAUUUAGAAACUUUAAAGCGUCUUCAACAUAAAGGAUAUGGUGAACUUAUUCGUGUAUUGAAUCGAACAAUCUAUCGUAUGAAUGCUAAAAUGAGACCAGAAAUCAGAAAGAAUGUCUUUCAUUUAUGUUGGAGUCUACGAUCAACUCCUGUUGAUAAGGCUAUGCAUGAUUUAAUCGUUUAUUUGGACUCCAAUAUAAGAACAUUAAAAAUUAAUGUAUCUAGUAAUUUAUUACAUCGUUGUAUACUAUCAAUAUGGCAUGAAUGUCUUGAACAAUAUAUGGAACAAACAAUUAAAGAAGGUGAAAUUAAUUCAACUAAUAUUGGUGGUCCUGGUGCAUUUCUACAAAUUAAAUCAGAUUUUAAUGCAGAUAAUAAUAAUAAUUCAGCAAUUAUACCACUAUCUACUCAUGAAAUGUAUGAAUUAAUAUCUAAUUUACCAAUGGAAAUAGAUAAAAAUCAAAUUUUUCGAGCUAAAUCUACAUUAGAAAGAUUAAAAAAGUCUUUAGGCAUAUUACUUGAAUUUUUCUUAAAAAUUGGUGAGGAUCAAAUCAAUAAAGGAAGUUUAGAAACAGAAGAAUAUAAUAAUGUAAAAUAUUUGAUCCAACUAUAUAACAGUAGUACACCAGAAGUGGUUGAACAGUAUUUCAUUGAAAAACUUAAUGAACAAGUAAGCUAUCAUUAUUCAUGAGUUGAACAUUGUAGUGUCAGUUACUAUGUUAAGCCCACAUAACAUUCUGGCUUCUGGACAGUCCAAUUUAUCCAUUCUUUUUGAGUCAUAUUUUGACCGUGUUAAUUACUCACUUAUCAACCUUGACUGUUUUUAUAUGAGCGUUUGUGUGCACUUCUUACCUUACUUAUCACAAGACACUUAUUUAAGGACCGAUUCACCAGGAAAAUUGCAAUGAACAGUAUUCUUAAAACUUUAUGAUUAUUAUUAGAUCCAAAGAUUUUGUAACUGACUUAACAUAUAUCAGUAUGUUACUGGUUUGAAUAAAUAAACAUUUAGAAGAACACUUGUACUCUAAAAAUUCUGCACCUAAGAUACUGUAGUUUCAUAUCUUAGAUACUGUGUUAUUCACCAUCCAACCGUGAGAGAAAGUAUCCAGGAAACUGGAAUAUAAAGUAAUAUUUUCCACUGGUUACUCCUCAAAGACAUUUUGAUGAGUUUAUGCAGGACAGCUUAAACAAUUCGUAAUGGUAAAUAGACAAUAACAACUUUUCGUAGGAAAUGUGAUCUACCAGUGCCACAAUAUUAGGUCCUUUCAGAUAAAAUAGAAAGGUUAACACGGUUUUUGUCUUUUAAAUUUAGUCCACAUCAUGAACCAACGUUAGUCAGGGAACCAAACAAAAACCAGAAUCCACUGGAUAGUUGUUUUCACCUUAUAAAUCCUUAUCAGUCUGUACUUCAUAUAUUAUCACUGGUUUUACUCCCCUUAGACAACAACGGACAUGAAUUCAACUAGAAAAACAUUAAAAUUCUUCUUCGAAGAAAUCCUAAAACUGUCGGGAAAUUUCUAGGGGUAGAGCUUUCAGAUUAAUUAAUAGACACAUCCACAUUGAACUAAUCUGUCAACCGAUACGUUAAAUUUCUGUCAGUCACAUGAUUAAAGGUCAACCAAACAAAACAGUCAUUUUGACUAGAGGCGACAAUAAAGUCAAAAAACCUUUAAAUGCAUCCAGUCAUAAACGAAGCCGCUAGAACGAAUUCUGUGCUUGUAAUUCUUCAAUAAUGCACAUGGAAUGAGCACACAAUUUAUCGACUAAUCAAACUGAAGUCAUUCAGUUAGCCUUUACUAGGAAUUUAAAGUUGAAAUGUUGAAUGCUAACUUACUUAAAAACUUAUUUUAAUAUUAAAAUGAAGAUCAAUUGCUCUAAAACACCCUUUUUCAGAGUUUUUCUCAAUUCCAUCCAAGAAUGUAUCAUUCUAUACAUUACUUAAAUUGCGCACAACAAUUGAAAUAAUCUGAGAGUUUGUUUUUCUUGGUCUUGACCGCUUUUGAGCAAAAAUCACUAUAUGCAAAGUAGUGAGAGUAUUUUUUGAUUAUUUAAUUCAACUAAAAAGCGGAGAACAUUGAUAUGGUCAAAGGAACGUUUACAUAAACCCAAUGAAUCGUCACAAUGAAGAUGUUAUAUCAAGGAAAACUUUCUUUUCAAUGAUCUCAUUUUCUCGAAUUGUACUAGUGAAUUUACAGCAAUUUUUCAUUCACAGAGGUUUAUAGUAAAGUAGAGAACUCUUAUGUCACUGACAGAGGUACUAGAAAUCGAUCAACACUUAAAGUUGCGUAAUAACCAGAGGGUGAUAAUGUAUGAAAUCAGAAAUCGCCCUCUUAACGAUGAUACAGGAUAUGAACAAAUUAAUGUCAAAAAUAAUUUACAAAAAAAAGAUAUAGAACAAUGAUAAGAGAGAUACUUGUCCGCUUGAU